UCCAAUCAGUCGUGGCCGGCUUUUACCUGUCAUGGCGACGAAUGAGUUCAAUUCAGCUGUAUUAGUCCUCCAUUUGGAUUAAAGGAUGUGCUUUUGAACUUUUCUUCUUCCAGCCAUAAACAGAUUGUGAUGAUCAAAAAUAGGAGCGAAAGUCUAAAGACAUCCAGGACGUACGAUAAAGAUGGUUUCGUCCUGAGAGCUGGCUGUCUUUGCUUUCGAGACGAAGAUGAACAAGAGGUUCUUCUAGUGUCGAGUUUGAGAAAGCCAGAUAAAUGGGUAGUUCCAGCUGGAGGGAUAGAGAACGGAGAGGARCCUCAUGAGACUGCCACACGAGAAGUACAAGAAGAAGCUGGUGUCAUGGGCAAACUUGGAAGGUUUCUAGGGAUUUUUCAAAACGAUCUCAGCCGCACAAAGACUUGGGUUUUUGUUCUUGUCGUAACUGAUGAACURGAGACUUGGGAAGAAUCUAGAAAAGGUCGUAAAAGAUCUUGGUUUCCUAUUGACACUGCUAGAGAUCUACUGUCAGCCAAGCCAGUACAACAACGGUAUCUGGUGAAAGCAAAAAGCACUAGGUGACAGCUGUGUUGGUCUCCAGCCUAUCUUGGAGAAGAACCUAAGUCCUGUAUAUAGAUAUUACAAUAUUAUUCAGACAUACAGCCUUAUGCAAAAAUUAUGAGAAUUGUCUAAAUAUGUAAAUAUCAUAAUAUCCAUAUCCAUAUA